AAAAUGCCCCAAAGAGAUCCGUUCAGUGUCGCCGUCUUUUACACUUGUCCAUACUAUGCAGUGUGUUUUGCAUAUCUGACAUGCAGUUUUACUCAUUGAACUCACAGCGCCGCUGUUGGCCAGUCUGUAACCGGUUUUCCGCAGACUUAUUGUACCUCCCACCAUGUCUUUAUUUCAGAGAGAGAAAUAGACUGAUGCGAGACACACUGGUAGGGUAUUUCUUGAGAAACAAAGCAGUGAUUCUUGUUUUUCCGUGUGGGGAAUAUGCUCUAAACUGGCUCUCGUGAAGAAAAUUCGGGGGUCAAAUUUUCAAGUACGAACGUGGAUCAACCUGGAAUAACGUCGACAGGAACAAUGACGGGGAGAGUACUAUUGUUUUUCUCGGUCUUCUCCGUCAGCUCGGUGUUCGGCCAGGUCAGCUACUCUAUCCCCGAGGAAAUGCCAAAAGGCUCUCUGGUAGGAAACAUGGCAAGAGAUUUUGGCCUAGAUCUAAAGAGACUGAAAUCGGGUAAGGCUCGCAUUUUUACUCGAGACAGCGACGGUUAUAUUGAGCUGAAUAAGGAAAGAGGAGUCCUCCUCAUCAAAGAGAGGAUAGACAGAGAGGCGCUGUGUGGACAAACGACGCCCUGUGCUUUACAUUUUCAGAUUAUAUUAGAGAAUCCGAUGGAGUUUUACAGUGUUACUGUUGAGAUCACAGAUGUGAAUGAUAACCCUCCGUCAUUUGAAAAGGAAAACGUCAAAUUCAAAAUUAGUGAAUCUGCUGUUCGAGGAGCUAAAUUCAUUUUAGACCGGGCAAUUGACCCUGAUGUAGGAUCAAAUGGAUUGCAGACAUAUAGACUUGAACCAACGGAUAAUUUUGUUGUAAAAUUGCACGAUCAGGCAGAUGGGACAAAAAAUGUCGAAAUGGUGUUAGAGAAGCCUCUAGACAGAGAAAAGAACGAGCAGCUUUCUUUGGUCCUGACGGCGGUGGAUGGAGGAGAGCCGCAGAUGACUGGGACGAUGCAGAUUCUGAUCACAGUUUUAGACGCCAAUGAUAAUGCCCCUGUUUUCACUCAGUCUGUUUAUAAAGCUUCUGUAAAAGAAAACGCCCCUGUAGGAACUGUUAUCGUGACUGUUACUGCCACGGAUGCAGAUCACGGAUCGUAUGGUCGGAUAACUUAUUCUGUUUCAAAUGUUUUAGAUCACGCCCGUGGGUUAUUUGACGUCAAUGAUGAAAGUGGUGAAAUAAGGCUAAAAGGAAAUGUUGACUAUGAAAAAGCUCGAACAUUUCAGAUCAAUAUUAGGGCAAGUGAUGAUGGAGGACUCGUUGAUUCUUGCAAGGUGAUGAUUGACGUCAUCGACGUAAAUGACAAUACGCCUGAUAUUAAAAUAAUGUCAAAAUCAAACGUGAUAUCUGAAGAUGCCGAGCCGGGAACAGUUGUAACAAUGAUAAAUAUUGAAGACGCAGACUCAGGUGAAAAUGGGAAGGUCCAAUGUAGCAUUAGUGAUAAUAUACCUUUUAUAAUGAAGUCUGCAAACAAUAAUUUCUACAGUUUGGUGACAGACAGUGAAUUAGACAGAGAGAGAGCCUCUGAGUAUAACAUCACAGUGACGUGUUCUGAUGAGGGAGUGCCCUCCCUCUCCAGCAGCGUGACUCUCACCUUGCAGAUCUCUGACGUGAAUGACAACGCUCCUGUGUUUGACAGGAGCUCAUAUGAGGCCUCGAUUGUAGAGAACAACACACCAGGCCUCUCUAUAUUCACAGUGAGAGCCAGAGACGCUGACUGGAAGCAGAAUGCCCGUGUUUCUUACAUCCUGGAGGACUCCUCAGUGAACGGAGUGCCAGUGUCCUCAUAUGUGUCUGUGAGUGCUGAUAGUGGAGUCAUCAAUGCAGUGCGCUCUUUUGACUACGAGCAGAUCAAAGAGUUCCAGUUCCGCGUCAGAGCUCAGGAUGGAGGCUCUCCUCCACUCAGCAGCAACGUGACAGUGAGAAUGGUGAUCCAGGACCAGAACGACAACCCCCCUCAGGUCCUGUACCCAGUCCAGACCGGAGGCUCAGUGGUGGCUGAGAUGGUGCCUCGUGCAGCAGAUGUGGGCUAUCUGGUGACCAAAGUGGUGGCUGUUGAUGUGGACUCUGGCCAGAAUGCGUGGCUGUCGUAUAAACUGCAGAGAGCCACAGACAGGGCGCUGUUUGAGGUGGGCUCCCAGAAUGGAGAGAUCAGAACUAUCCGCCAAGUGAGUGAUAAAGAUGCAGUCAAACAGAGACUGACUGUUAUCGUGGAGGACAACGGACAGCCGUCUCGUUCAGCCACAGUCAUUGUGAACGUGGCGGUGGCGGACAGCUUCCCUGAAGUGCUGUCUGAGUUCACUGACUUCACACAGGACAAGGAGUACAAUGACAACCUGACGUUUUACUUGGUGCUGGCUCUGGCUGUGGUGUCGUUCCUGUUCAUCACGUGUUUGGUGGUGAUUAUCUCAGUGAAGAUCUACCGAUGGAGACAGUCUCGAAUCCUCUAUCACUCCAGUCUACCUGUGAUUCCAUAUUAUCCUCCACGUUACUCAGACACUCUGGGCACAGGGACUCUCCAGCACGUGUACAAUUACGAGGUGUGCAGGACGACUGACUCGAGGAAGAGUGACUGUAAGUUCGGCAGAGGUGGUAGUCAGAACGUGCUGAUCAUGGACCCCAGUUCAACAGGGACCAUGCAGAGGAUUCAGAGUGAGAAGAGCAUCCUGGAUGAACCAGACUCUCCUUUGGAGGUCAGAAUUUAA